UGUUGAAUUUCAAGGGCAGUUCUACUUCUAUUCUGAACGGUGAGCUGCGCAUACGGUGUGAAGAAAUAUAAGCAUGCUAAGCAGAGUGGGUCAAUUGCGCAGGUGUGCUGCCACCCUGAGCCCAGCACUGGGCACGGUGGCAGCCAGACAGAAGCACUCGCUCCCUGACCUGACCUAUGACUAUGGAGCACUGGAGCCCCACAUCAACGCAGAGAUCAUGCAGCUCCACCACAGCAAGCACCACGCCACCUACGUUAACAACCUCAACGUCACAGAGGAAAAGUACCAGGAGGCACUGGCCAAGGGAGAUGUGACAGCACAGGUUUCUCUCCAGCCUGCCUUGAGGUUUAAUGGAGGAGGCCACAUCAACCACACCAUCUUCUGGACAAACCUCUCCCCAAACGGGGGUGGAGAACCACAGGGUGAGUUGGCAGCAGCCAUCAAGCGUGACUUUGGCUCCUUCCAGGCAUUGAAAGACAAGAUGUCUGCCGCCACUGUGGCGGUCCAGGGCUCAGGCUGGGGCUGGCUGGGCUUCGACAAGGAAAGCGGGAAGCUCCGUAUCACAGCCUGCCCUAAUCAAGACCCACUGCAGGGAACCACAGGUCUGGUCCCCCUGCUUGGUAUUGAUGUGUGGGAGCACGCCUACUAUCUCCAGUACAAGAAUGUCCGACCAGACUACGUCAAAGCCAUCUGGAAUGUCAUCAACUGGGAGAACGUGAGCGAGCGCCUCCAGGCCGCCAAAAAGUAGACUAUUCCCCCUCAGAACACACACACAUGCUCUUCCUUCCUGCCCCAAACCUUACCCCUGCAGACCUUACUCCCUUAAGAGCGCACAAAAUACCCUCAUAACCCAAAUUAAGAUGGCUGCCGUAAACUGUACCAUGUAGGUUUCUAGAGAGAAUAUUCAGUCUGUAAAGCUGUUUGUUUGUCUGAAAUAUACAGUGGAUAUUAAAAGUCUACACACCCCUGUUAAAA